UCCAUUACUCCCAUAUGAUCAUCUACAGUACUCUCUUCCUUCUAUCAUGCUCUUCUCAUCUUCUGUUAAGCUCAGCAGAAAUUAUAAGAAGAGACAUGAUUACUAAGAACCAGGUGAUCCUUGAUAAUGGAGAAACUAUGGUUUCCAAGGGAGAAAAAUUCGAAUUCGGAUUCUUCACACCCGAUGGCGCUAAACAUCACAAACGAUAUGUUGGAAUCUGGAUCUACGACGGUUUCUCUCAAAACUCAGAGACAGUGGUGUGGGUUGCCAACAGAACAAACCCUCUCCCAAAUUCAAAAGGAUCAAUAAGCAUCAGGGAUGAUGGAAACUUGACAGUUUUGGAUGAAGUGGGAAAUAUUUAUUUCACCACGGCGGCUUCAACGAUGAACACAACCACAAUAAGUGCAAAGCUAAUGGAUUCCGGGAAUCUAAUCUUGACUGGGGAGAACGGAGAUGAUUACCCAAUAUGGCAGAGCUUCUUGCAGGAUGAUUCCAGCACAUUCCUGCCUGGUAUGGAAAUAAUGAGCAAGUCCACGAUUCACACUAAUGCAAGACAUUUUUUGGGGAGUUUAUACCACUGGUUGUAUUCUGAGAAUUCUGUUCAUCUUUUAAAAUCAGCUUACAGGGAAAGCGAUCAAGAAAUGUCAGCAUUUCCUUUUGAUGGGGAUUCCGAACAUGCCAGAGAUCCAAACAAAUUCGGAAAAGAUGAGAAAACUAUAGAUGUGCCAUUUUUUGAUUUUGAAAGCAUAAUGGCUGCAACUAACAACUUCUCUAACCUAAAUAAGCUUGGACAAGGAGGAUUUGGACCUGUCUACAAGGGAAUGCUAAUGGGUGGAAAAGAAAUAGCUGUGAAGAGGGUUUCAAGGAGUUCUGGACAGGGUCUAGAGGAAUUCAAAAAUGAGGUCUUAUUGAUUGCAAAACUUCAGCACAGAAAUCUUGUUAGACUUCUAGGUUAUUCUAUCAAAGGAGAUGAAAAAAUUCUGCUUUAUGAAUAUAUGCCCAACAAAAGCUUGGACUCCUUUAUCUUUGGUCAAUCACGAUGCGCAUUGUUGAACUGGGAAAAGAGAUUCAAUAUCAUACUUGGAAUCGCUCGAGGACUUCUUUACCUUCAUCAAGACUCUAGGUUGAGAAUUAUUCACAGAGACCUGAAAACUAGUAACAUCCUCUUAGACGAGGAGAUGAACCCUAAAAUUUCAGACUUUGGUUUAGCAAGAAUUUUUGGGGGAAACCAAAGUGCAGAAAAUACUAAUAGAGUGGUUGGAACAUAUGGAUAUAUGUCUCCAGAGUAUGCAUUUGAUGGGAUUUUCUCAACUAAAUCUGAUAUCUUCAGUUUUGGGGUUGUGCUACUUGAAAUUAUCAGUGGGAUGAAGAAUGCAGGCUUUCAUUCUGAACACUCUUUGAGUCUCUUAGGAUAUGCAUGGGAAUUGUGGAAAGAGGACAAGGUGUUGGAUUUCAUGGACAAAUCACUAUUAUGUGAAUCCUAUAAUGCACAUGAAGUUUCAAAAUGCUUUCAUGUUGGGCUUCUUUGUGUACAAGAAGAUGCAGGUCGACGGCCGACAAUGUCGAAUGUGAUUUUCAUGCUAGGCAGUGAGAUAGUAACUCUUCCGACUCCUAAAGAACCCGCUUUCAUUGCAAGGAAGUACUGUCCAUCUAACACAGGUUCCAGGUCUGGUAGACCAGAAAUGUAUUCUAAUAAUGAGCUUACAAUUACUGAGGAACAAGGUCGAUAGUAUAGGAUUUGGUUAAUGAUGAUAAGGGA